ACAUAGUUAUAGUUGACCCUUAACAUAAAUACCUGCAACUAAGACAAUUAUAUUACGGUUAGUAUAGAAGUAUUCACCUAACAAAAAUUUAUCACAAUGGUAUGGUUAAUGAAUUGUUGUGUUUGUUUGAAUUGACUUAGUCUUUUAGCAAUUUUCAUAGGCUGAAAAGGAUCUUGCUUUCAAGUUUUCAUCCAACAUAAUGUAUGAGAUUUAUCUAAAUUAGGCGUUCAUAUGUUGUGGUCUACACUCUACAUAUACAAAUAUACAUUAUAUGAACAAUUUUAAGCUUUAUAUUUUAUGAGUCUAAAAGGAUGAACGUUUAACUCUUGAGUGGUUAUUCAAAAUAUUAAGUAUGUGUAUAUAUUAUAUAUAUGGCUAAUUAUUUAUCUGGUUAAUUUGGUUUGGCUGGUUAAGAGUGUCCGAAACCAAACCAAACCACCUAAACCAAACAAGCUAAAAACUUUAACCAAACCAAACCAAUUAACCAAACCAAAUUAUCCAAAUAGUACUGGUUAAAACGGUUGCCAUGGUAACCAGACCGUUUGAACACCCCUACCGACUAAGAUUCCCAUCGGUUUAACCAUUCGACGAAGGUUACUUCAAUUUUGUACAUGUGUGCAAUAGUCUGAUUCGAUAUGAAGCGGAUUAAGCAAUGAGAAUCACAAUAUUCAUUACCUUCCUCAUACAAGUUUUAUCUUGGCUACUCUUGGCUCCCGUCCUUUGUGGGCAUGGCAAAGUAUCUUGGAAGGACGUAAUCAUAUAGUACAAGGUCGAGGUGGCUUAUUGGUUCAAGUACUUGCGUCCACAUUACUAAUGGUGUGUGGCUAGUGGCUACCCGACUCCACCAUCUCCCCUGCACGCUUGUGAGUUAUCUCGACUUGGGGACUUGUUGAUAGGGGCGGAGCACGUUGGAGCUCGAGGGCCCCCCCGGCCCCCUCCCCCCCCCCCCCCCCCCCCAGAAUUUUGAAGAUCCCUUGUAUAUACGUCGAGAAUUUUGGAAAUUACGUAUAAGUUACAUUAGUUUUAUUAAUAUAUAAAGCGUCGAUUAGUAACAAUGAAAUUGCUUCUAAUCUAGCGGAGGAAUUGCUUCCAUUGAGUCCCGGAUCAGGGUUUGAUUCCUUGUGCUAGUAGUAUAUAUUUUGUUUUCAACUUUUUAGUUCAAUUCCUUCUUUUUAAAGAUUUUUUUUAGUUCAAUCCCUUCUUUUUAAAGAUUUUUAGUUCAAUUCACUAUGAAAGUGAUUUCCAUUUAAGUUUUAUCUUGAGUUUAUAAUUCAUAUUUUAAGAAUUUUGAAUUUAUGUAGAUUAAACUUUUCUCAAAAUUCUUGUAUUCUCAUAUAUUCAUUUUUAAGUUGCAAUAAGAGUACAGGCAUGACACAAUUGAAAAAAUUACUUUUUUUGUUGGUAAUUCAAUUAUUUAUCUUGAACAUAUUGUACUAGAAAUUUUAGUUUGGAUCAUAUCUUUAGUUUUUUUAAUUAUCUCAAAUGUAUUUUUCGACGAUUAUGACAAAUAGCUAAUUUUAUCCUUCUAUAUAAUGAAUUAUCUUUUCUUAACAUCGGAUGAUAAUACGCAAAAAAAAAAGUUGCCCCCCCCCCCCCUCGGACUUGCAAAUCCUGGCUCCGCCCCUACUUGUUGAGCUAAAUUUUCGAGUUUGGUUGUUUUGAGCAAUGAGUUGACUCGAAAGUAUGCCUAGUGAGCCACAUCACCUAAUAAUUUAUGAGCAAAUCGGUUAAUAGCUUAUCAUUGAAUUGCUCUUAAUUUAUAUGUUUGUUAGAUUAUAUAUGAUUUUUAAGAAUUUGAGGACGUGAUUAAAUAUCGCAUUUAAAAUUAUAAUAUAAAAAAGAAAUUAUGUAUUAUAAUUUAUUCAGAUACCAAUUACUAUUAAAUAACAUGGUAUCAACAAUUAAGAAUUAUGAACCAAAUGAUAAGAUAGUUUAGCUCAAGCCAAUCUUGCAAACUAAUUGAUGAAUCGAGCUCAAGUCAAACAUAAAGCAAAAUUUUAGUAGACAAAGGCAUCCAUGAGUGUUGGGGACAAAGUCUCCCGUUGUUGUGUCUUGUACAGGUGGUCUUCAGGUUUAGUAGACCUCGUUGUCAUAAAGUGGCAAGUGGGAUUGAGGUUACUGAGUUAUAAAAGAAAAAUUUAGUAGACAAAACUAACUUGAAAUUUACUUGUUUAUUAAGGUGCCGACCCCAAAUUAAAUCAAAACUCUGUUCAACUCGACAUAUUUACAGCCCUAUCCACAGUCCACACGUGUAUUCCUAUCUCACCUUUGUCCGUUUAUAUGGGCCCGAAAGAAUAUUCGUCGGGGAGGAUGGGCCGGUAGCCCAGGGCAUGAACGAUCCAAUAACGCUAUGAAGUUGUACGGCCCAGUUGAGUCUCCCGUUACCCGCCAACGCGAGCCCGAGUUCUCCCUCCACUGCUUUCCUUGCACAACCAUUCCUUUCCUUCCUGCCUGCCUCUGGGGCAGAUGAGGUUAGUAACCCAUAUGGUGAGUAACCAUCAGUAACCUGUCCACAUCCGCAUGACAUCAGCAUGUCCUCUCUCCUAAAAAGUCUUUUAUAUUUUCCCCUUUAAUCUUUAAUUGACGAUUUCUCUAUCGUUUUAGGUCGAAAUUUAAUUUUUUUUUGCACAGAUAAAUCAGAUUAAAUGUGCUCUUUAAAAUGAUAUCCACUUUGCUAUAUUUUUAGUACAAAAAAAUUUGAAUAAUUUUUUACCAGUCAUUACCACAUGGUAUGCUCAUAUUUAAUACCAUAUGGUAAGAAAGCGUACCAUGAUGGUAUGAACAUACCAAUAUGGUAAGAAUGUUGAAUACAUGAUAGUAGGAGUAUACUAACUGUCAUUUACGACUUUCAUCAUUGUUUACCAUAAGUUACCAGCCACAUACCAUAGUGGUAAAGUAUGAUAACUUUUUGUCCAGUUUUUUUUUCACCCAGAAAUUUGUAGAUCCAAUAGAUCAUGAUGAACUCGUACAUUCUGAGCAAACGUUUUCAAAAACGACUUAAAAACGAAGAAGUUACCAUAUGGUAUGUAGUUGGUAAAAAAAGUUUCUCGAAAUAUAUUGAAAAUUGAUCUCAUUAUGUAGAGCACAACGAACUCGUUCCAUGUGUGAAAAAAAAUUGAAAUUCAAGUUAAAACGAAGAAGACAAGAGCUAAUUAUGAAAACUAAGAAAAAUAAAAUAUCUUUAAUUGACAACCCUUAGAUCUGGAUUUUCUGAACUAUCUAAAUUCAUAUGUAAAUAUCCUAUCCUAGGCCACUGCUAUGGAUUUUAAAGAUUGAAAACUUAUUAAUUCAGUGCGGGUGAGGAAAUCCAUAUUCUUAUUUCUUAUUCUACUUACGCUUCCAUUAUUAUAGUUGAAGGAAGAGUCAGAUCGCAUAGCAUCUCCCUCUCGCUGUUGCUCCAACGCGAUUAUUAAUUCGGCUUGUUGCUCUCUUUCGCUCGUCCGCUGCAAUUUUCGACCCUCAUCUCCGAUCGAGCUCGCCUCUCUUCUGCGAUUCGUACUCUCUGAUUUCAAUCCUCCAAUCCCUAGCUCUAAGGUUCGAUACGAAAUUUCCAAUCUUUGCACGUCUCCUGAUGAUUUGCAUAAUCUGGGUUGUGAUGCCUUUGGUCUGAUGAUCUGCAUAAUAUAUAUUUAUCCUUCGUGGGAUUUGUGGCGGUCGUUCUCAUGUGGGGUUGCCUUUCAUUUGUAGUGGCUGGAAUUGGUUGUUGAUUGAAUUUUGCUGAAUUUGGGCAAUUUGUUGAAGUAGUAGGAGGAGGAACAAAGAGAAGAGGGGAUGGGAGCAUUCGUGUCUAGAUUUUGGUUCAUGUUGUUUCCUGCAAAGGAAUACAAGAUUGUGGUGGUUGGGUUGGAUAAUGCAGGGAAGACCACCACUCUUUACAAAUUGCACUUGGGUGAGGUCGUGACUACUCACCCUACCGUUGGUAGCAAUGUGGAAGAGGUUGUCUACAAGAAUAUACGUUUUGAGGUAUGGGACCUCGGAGGACAAGAGAGGCUAAGGGCAUCAUGGGCAACAUAUUACCGAGGAACUCAUGCCAUAAUCGCAGUAAUAGACAGCACCGAUAGAGCAAGGAUUUCCAUCAUGAAGGAAGAACUUUUCCGGCUGUUGGGCCAUGACGAAUUGCAGCAGUCUGUUGUGCUCGUGUUUGCAAAUAAACAAGAUCUGAAAGACGCCAUGACUCCUGCUGAGAUAACAGAUGCUCUUUCGCUCCAUAGCAUCAAGAAUCAAGAUUGGCACAUCCAAGCGUGUUGUGCCCUCACGGGUGAUGGCUUGUACGAUGGCCUUGGAUGGAUUGCUCAGAGGGUUACUGGCAAGGCGCCAAGUUAGAGGAUUAAAAUGUUGGAAGGAGU